AGUUAGCACUCGGGUGCCAGUCUGGUCCGGAGCCACGAUGGAUACAAUACCAUGCAUUUUGAUCGUCUUGUUUUCCUUAACGAGGAUACAGGAAAAUAACGCCCUCCAGUGUCACUGCGAGCGCUGCAGUGCCAACUCGAGCUGCACAACAGAUGGCGUCUGUUUCGUCAACAUCCGCAAGACGGGCAACACCUUGACAACGGAGCUGCGCCAGUGCGUUCCCGAAAAAGAGCUGUUCCCGCGGGAUCGACCCUUCAUCUGCGCCCCAUCCUUCAAGCAUGACACUGGCCUUUAUCCCAUUUGCUGUACCACCGAUUAUUGCAACAAGGACCCUGACCUCACCGUUUUCCCUGUCCCUACUGCAAAGACUCCAUCUCUGGGACCCGUGGCUCUUGCCGCGGUGAUUGCCGGGCCGGUGUGUAUCUUCUGCUUGCUGCUGGUUUUGGCGUUCUACGUCUACUCCGAGUCACAUCAAACAUUCCGAAGGAGCGUGGUGUGGUAUAAGUGCAAUUUUACUGACGUGUCGUCUCAUUCCGUCAGGGAGUUUCCAUUCCCUAAUGUUGGCAAAACACACUUUUACCUCAUUUGUAACUCCUUUCGCCCUGAUUUUUUCCCUCCAGCCCUCCAGUGUCACUGCGAGCGCUGCAGUGCCAACUCGAGCUGCACAACAGAUGGCGUCUGUUUCGUCAACAUCCGCAAGACGGGCAACACCUUGACGACGGAGCUGCGCCAGUGCGUUCCCGAAAAAGAGCUGUUCCCGCGGGAUCGACCCUUCAUCUGCGCCCCAUCCUUCAAGCAUGACACGGGCCUUUAUCCCAUUUGCUGUACCACCGAUUAUUGCAACAAGGACCCUGACCUCACCGUUUUCCCUGUCCCUACUGCAAAGACUCCAUCUCUGGGACCCGUGGCUCUUGCCGCGGUGAUUGCCGGGCCGGUGUGUAUCUUCUGCUUGCUGCUGGUUUUGGCGUUCUACGUCUGCCACAGCCACCGGGGGCUGGGGGCCGGCGGGGCAGGGCCCCACCAUCACCACCACCACCACCGCGUGCCGAACGAGGAGGAUCCCUCCAUGGACCACCCUUUCAUCACCGUUGGAACAACCCUGAAGGACCUCAUCUAUGAUAUGACCACCUCAGGUUCAGGAUCGGGCCUGCCUCUUCUUGUCCAGAGAACCAUCGCCAGGACCAUCAUCCUCCAGGAAAGCAUAGGGAAGGGGCGUUUUGGGGAGGUGUGGCGAGGUAAAUGGCGUGGCGAGGAAGUGGCUGUGAAGAUUUUCUCCUCCCGGGAGGAGCGGUCUUGGUUCCGAGAGGCUGAGAUCUACCAAACCGUGAUGCUGCGACAUGAGAACAUUUUGGGCUUCAUCGCCGCAGACAACAAAGAUAAUGGGACCUGGACUCAACUGUGGCUGGUGUCGGACUAUCACGAGCACGGCUCUCUGUUCGACUACCUGAACCGCUACACUGUCACCGUCGAAGGCAUGAUCAAGCUGUCUCUGUCCACCGCGAGUGGCCUGGCCCACCUCCACAUGGAAAUUGUUGGCACACAAGGCAAGCCAGCGAUCGCUCACCGAGACCUGAAGUCAAAGAACAUUCUGGUGAAGAAGAACGGAACCUGCUGCAUUGCAGAUUUAGGUCUCGCUGUCCGGCAUGACUCGGCCACCGACACCAUUGACAUCGCUCCGAAUCACAGGGUGGGAACCAAAAGGUAUAUGGCGCCAGAAGUACUGGAUGACUCCAUAAACAUGAAACACUUUGAAUCCUUCAAGCGAGCCGACAUCUACGCCAUGGGAUUGGUAUUCUGGGAGAUUGCCAGUCGCUGCUCCAUGGGAGGAAUCCAUGAGGACUACCAGCUACCAUACUAUGACCUGGUUCAGUCAGAUCCAUCAGUGGAGGAGAUGAGGAAGGUGGUUUGCGAGCAGAAGCUUCGUCCGAACAUUCCCAACCGCUGGCAGAGCUGCGAGGCGUUACGUGUCAUGGCUAAGAUCAUGAGAGAGUGCUGGUACGCCAACGGCGCCGCCCGACUCACGGCGCUGCGGAUCAAGAAGACCCUCUCCCAGCUCAGUCAACAGGAGGGAAUCAAGAUGUAGAACGCAAACGACCAAACACGCACGCAGACGCAUUUCUGACCGGCAUCCGUAUCAUUAGCAUUACAUUCGUUCUCAUCGACAUUCGGCGAUCCAUUCGGUUUUCCUCUCCUCCGGAUCGGGAGGGAAACGCAGACAUGAUCUCCCCAGUGUUCUCUCUUUCUCACCCUUCACUCACCGAACGGUGAGUUUUGCAUUUAGAACCGAAGACAUUGUCGGCGUUUUGCACACCCGAAUCCACCGACGGACGGACGGACGGGCGGAUCAACGGUUGAAUUUGAUGAAAGGACGGCAGUGCCCGAGGAGGGCAGUACGAGUGGACGUAAAAGGAAGCCUUCACCCGUUUUUCCUCCUUGUUCCUUCACUCAUGAAAGGAAGACUCUCUUCAAGACCCUUUUGGGCAACAGGAGUCCAUCCAGACGGGCCUUCAUUGCUCAGACAUCCUCAGGUAGAUCCAGCAAGCAGACAGUCGGUUGGUAUCGCCCGAGAGGCCGCUGAGCCGCCUUACAUAUUCAUCCUCGCCGCCUCAUUUGUGUAUUUGCGUUUCAUGAUUCACUUCGCUGGGCUGUGAGCGACUCGCGUUCAUCCAAUGUACGUUUUUCUUCUAAUGUGAUGAUAUGUCACGUUAGCCCAAUCCACGGGGACAAUUUAACAACACAAAAGGCGCGUUCUUUAACGAAUGUCAUUAUACAAAAGUGCUCCCGCAAGACGAAUGCGUUCUCGUCUCGGGUUAAAAAAAACGUUGGUUUGACUCGACCGUGGAGAAAUGCACAGCGCGGAUAGUUGUUUGUGGCUGCCCUAGUUCGUGGAAACUCAUAUGCUCAAGCUAAAUUAUUAGGAAGAAGUCCUUUGCGAUUCUUUCGAAAGCAUUUUCCUUGUACUGGGAGCAGCAAAAUAAAUCACUGUCUGCCUGGAUGAUUUUUAAAAACGGCUUUGAAGCUCAGCCAUGAUGAAUAGUAUUUGAGUGUCAUUAUUAUUCAUCAUGGUUGUCGAGGUGAGUAGCACCAAGGACUGGAGUAUGGACCAGAGUAUUAAGACACCGUCUGUGCGGUCCGGUCAGAAUUUUGUGCAAAAUUUCUCAUCGCUACUCUGAUCUUGCACCUGGUUUUGAUUUUCUUACUGAUGUAUUAUAUCCCCGUCUCCCCCUUUGUAUUAUCAUGGAGAUGUGAAGGUCAGUUUAAUUUAUUGUGGUUUCUUUUCUUUGGAGUGGCAGGGCAUCGUUUUCUUCUUUUGAACACUCAAAACUGGACGUGACGACCUCAUUCACUCGUGGCAAAACAUGCUGCAUCAUAUGCAAUUUAAAAUGUGUAUUUUCUAUACUCUGCUCUAGUCACAAACAACAACAACAACAAUCAGCUGCCGCCAUGCCGUCCAGUCCAGCUGUUACCGGAAAGUGCCAGUGCUUUAAAAAAAAAAAAA